AUGUCUCAGAUUUCUCCAUCAAAGAAGACGUCUUCCCGCUCUGAAACAGUGUCAGAUUCUAGGGCACCAAAUAUGGUGAGUGAUCAGGAUGUUGUGAUGGAUGUUGCGCCCUUGAACAUGGUUCCGGCUACUGAUCCUGUUAGUAGUAUACCAAGAAAGAUGCAUGCACGAAAAUCUACUGGUGGGUCCGUUCCAAAAACAUUUUCUGCUAGGGAUAAAGAGGGUUCUGCAUAUGUCCACAAUGCGAUCGUAGGUCUUGUCACGAGAAUCCUGAAUGAAGGUCACAGGGUAGAAGGAGUAUAUGUUCCUUUAUCCCAAGCUUCUGCUCCUGAGAACAGCAAAGAAGAUCAAGUUGAUGCUAGCAAAGAUCAUGUUGAUGUUGAGACAUCUGAAGCUAACAAUGUUGAGACAUCUGAAGCUAACAAUGUUGAGACUUCUGAAGCUAAAGAUGUUGAAACAUCUGGAGCUAAAGAUGCUGAGAUUCUUGAAACAGAGAGAGCUGAAGAGGUCACUGCUACUUCUUCUAAAGAGAAGAAUACACGCCCUAUUGGCAAUGUAAAUGAUGUGGUGGAUUUGGAUAAUCUAGAUGAUCCUAUUGACAUUGCUGAUGAUGAACUCAUCUCUAGCAUUUCUAACAGAGUCAAGGCUCGAAAGGGAAACAAAGUUGUUGUGAAGAAGAGGAAAGAAAGAAGUGUUUUUGACUCAGAGGACAAUGUCUUAAGUGAUGUCCCUGACAUCCCUUCAAAGAAGAAGAUUGCUGUCACCAAAGCCUCCACAAAGGUUCGUGAUGUUCCCUUGGACAACAUUUAUUUGCACUAUGCUUCAAAUGCUAUCCAGUGGAAGUUUGUUUAUCAGAGAAGACUGGCUCUAGAAAGAGAGCUUGCAAAUGAUGCUCUGGAAUGUCAAGAAGUCAUGAAGCUCAUCAAAUCUGCAGGUUUGCUUAAAAUUGUUACUCAUUUUUCUAAAUGCUAUGAAAUGCUCGUGAAGGAGUUUAUAGUAAAUUUGUCUCAAGAGUGUGCUGAUGGGAAAGCUGAGGAUUUUCAUAAGGUGUAUGUUAGAAGAAAAUGUAUAGAUUUCUCCCCAACUGUUGUCAACCUUUAUCUAGGUAGGGAUGAUGAGGCUCAACCUGACCUUGAAGUGACUGACAAUGAGGUGUGCAAAGUUAUCACUGGUGGUAAGGUUAAGAAAUGGCCCAUAAAGAGUAAAUUGUCUGCUAGUCUUCUUAAUGUCAGGUAUGCUUUGCUGCACAAAAUUGGUGCUGCUAACUGGGUGCCUACCAAUCAUACUUCUACCAUUGCAGUUGGCCUAGGUAGAUUCAUAUAUGCUGUGGGAACCAAGACAAAGUUUGAUUAUGGGACUUACAUGUUUGAUCAAAUUAUGAGGCAUGUUGGUACCUCUACUACCAAGCUACCCAUUGCUUUUCCAUCCCUGAUAUGUGGGAUAAUCCUCAAGCAAUACCCUGGGAUUCUAAAAGCUAAAGACUCUGUGUGCAAGAGGGAGAGUGCUUUGUCUUUCCACUAUAAGCUGCUCCAAAGGUCAGAUGACAUAACAUCUGCUGGGACAUCACAAACCAGCAAAUCUGUGAACAAAUCCUCUCUUAUUGCUGAGCUGAAAGAGACUUGUAAAGAGUUGGACAAUAGGAAGAUGAAGCUUGAAAAGCUCAUUCAAAGACUUGAGCAGUCUGCAGAUGAUGUUACUGGCGUUCAUGCUGGUGGAAGUGAUGGUGAAACUAAUGAUGAGGAAAAUGGUGCUGAUAGUAGUGAUGAUGAAGAGGCUGAGGAUAGUGAGGGUGCUGAAGAGACUGGGAGUAGUGAUGCUGGUGAAGAGACUGGUGGCUCUGGUGAUGAAGAGACUGGUGGAUCUGAUAAUUAG